AUGUGUUUAUUCGACACGCAAAACGAAAAGAGAUUUAGGUUAGCUAUCCACAGGAAACACAAAAUAUAUAGUGAAUUUUGUGCAACUUAUAUAGAAAACAUUUUGCAAAAUUUAAUAGGGAGUGAAUACAGUGUUUAUCUUUUAGGUAGAUUUUAAAUUAAAUUGCAAACAAUUUUCAAUCAUGGUGAAGAAACGAACCGAAUUUGAGCAGAGCAAAGAGGAACGUAUGGUAAUGACAAUAGGAGAGAUUAUACAGGAAUUAUUAAAGGCGCAUCAUGAAAAUAGAGACAUUGAUCUAAACAAAUUGAAAACACGAAUUUCCUCAAAAUAUGGCUUGGAUUCUUCUCCAAGAUUAGUUGAUAUUAUUGCAGCUGUGCCUAGUGACGCUAGGCAUAUACUUGUACCAAAAUUAAAAGCAAAACCUGUCAGGACUGCUAGUGGAAUUGCUGUUGUAGCAGUAAUGUGCAAGCCACACAGAUGUCCACAUAUUAAUAUGACUGGAAAUAUCUGUGUUUAUUGUCCUGGAGGACCAGACUCUGAUUUUGAAUAUUCCACACAAUCUUACACAGGAUAUGAACCUACAUCAAUGAGAGCGAUACGUGCGAGAUAUAAUCCUUUUUUACAAACUAGGCAUCGCGUUGAGCAGUUAAAACAAUUAGGACAUAGUGUUGAUAAAGUUGAGUUUAUUGUUAUGGGAGGUACCUUCAUGUCUUUGCCAGAUGACUAUAGAGAUUAUUUCAUAAGGAAUUUACAUGAUGCACUCUCUGGUCAUGUAAGCAGUAAUGUUGACGAAGCGGUUAAGUAUUCUGAACGCAGUCGUACAAAAUGUAUUGGUAUUACUAUUGAAACUCGACCUGAUUAUUGUCUUAAGAAGCAUCUUUCAGAUAUGUUGCGCUAUGGAUGCACGCGUUUAGAGAUUGGUGUGCAGUCUAUAUACGAAGAUGUAGCACGUGAUACUAAUAGAGGACAUACAGUGCGUGCUGUAUGUGAGAGUUUUCAACUAGCAAAAGAUGCAGGAUUUAAAGUGAUAGCCCACAUGAUGCCUGAUUUACCAAAUGUUGACAUUGAACGAGAUAUUUAUCAGUUUAAAGAAUUUUUCGAAAACCCUGCGUUUCGAGCAGAUGGAUUAAAAAUUUAUCCGACACUGGUCAUACGCGGCACUGGCUUGUACGAAUUAUGGAAAACUGGAAGAUACAAAAGCUAUCCGCCAAGUGUACUCAUUGAUCUUAUAGCUCGUAUUCUGGCUUUAAUACCACCAUGGACACGUGUCUAUCGCGUGCAGCGUGAUAUACCUAUGCCGUUGGUGAGUUCUGGUGUAGAACAUGGGAAUCUACGUGAAUUAGCACUAGCCAGAAUGAAGGAUCUUGGUUUGGAUUGUCGUGAUGUUAGGACACGCGAAGUUGGAAUUCAGGAAAUACAUAAUAAAGUACAGCCUUAUGAAGUGGAGCUUGUACGACGUGAUUAUGUAGCUAAUGAAGGAUGGGAAACGUUCUUAGCAUAUGAAGAUCCAAUGCAAGAUAUCCUAAUUGGUUUACUCAGAUUAAGAAAGUGUUCUGAUAACACAUUUAGACCAGAAUUAAAGGGAAAGACUUCAAUAGUAAGGGAGCUUCAUGUUUAUGGCAGUGUAGUGCCUGUUAACGCUCGUGAUCCUACAAAAUUUCAGCAUCAUGGCUUUGGCACUUUGCUGAUGGAGGAAGCUGAACGAAUUGCAAGAGAGGAACACAAAUCUCAUAAAAUUGCUGUAAUUUCAGGUGUUGGCACACGUAAUUAUUAUAGAAAAUUAGGUUACGAACUUGAUGGUCCAUAUAUGUCUAAAAUGCUUAUAUAACAAACUAAUAUAGUAAAUUCCUUAAAUUGUGUUAAAUAAAUGAAUAAAUUUAAAUA